UGUUUACAAGCACCACCUAUCGAGGGUACUUCGCUGACUUGAGCUUGAAGUAAUAAAUAAUAAAAGCACACGGGUCUGUGGAAUAACGGAGUGGAUGCAGCGAUACCCAGCCUCGGGGAAGGAGAGAGAUGGACACCAGCGAGUUAUUCACCAGCUGCAGGAAGGGGGAACUCUCCAGAGUCCGCUAUCUGGUUGAACAGAGGGAUGUGGAAUUAAAUGUCAAAGAUAAAUGGGACAGUACCCCACUAUAUUACGCAUGUCUGUGUGGGCAUGAGGAACUUGUUCAGUACUUGCUUGCCAACGGAGCAAAAUGUGAAGCCAACACAUUUGACGGGGAGCGGUGCUUGUACGGUGCACUGAAUGACUCCAUUCGGAGGCUGCUGAAAGACUACAAACAAGUUACUGCCAAGUCGAUGCAGAGAGAUUAUUAUGAUGAUUUUCUGCAACGGUUAUUGGAACAAGGCUACUAUAGUGACAUUUCCUUCCUUGUUCAUGGCCAGACGCUCAGAGCCCAUCGCUGUGUAUUGAAUGCUCGCUCAACAUACUUCGCAGAAAUGUUGCAGACAAAAUGGAAGGGGAGAAAGGCGAUAGCCCUCAAGCAUCCAUUGAUAAACCCAAUGGCUUUCAGGGCAAUCCUGCAGUAUUUCUAUACAGGCCGCUUAGAUAUUGAAGUUGAAAAUGUUGAAGAUUUUAAAAUCUUAGCAAAGCAAUGCAAGUUAGAAGAACUCAUCAGUAAAUUAGAAGGCAAACGUAAAGAAGUCGAUGAGUUUGUUUCCUCAAAACCUGGAACCUGGGUGAAAGUCCUGACGCUUGAACCUGAUGAAAACUGCAGCUUGCAGGAUGAUCUGGCCAUACUCGCUGACUGUGCCCUGCCUGCUGAGCUCAGGGUUGGUUUUGGUGAGCUGCCUUUCGACAGCACUGAUAACUUUAGCAGUUAUGCUGAUUUGAGUUUCCGAGUCGAAGGUUAUAUCUUCCUGUGCCACAAGGCAUUUUUUUGCAGUCGUAGUGAUUAUUUCAGAGCCCUGCUGCAGGAUCAUUUCUCCGAAAGUGAGGAACUUCAGAGUCAACCCAGUAUUCCCAUGGUGACCCUCCACAACAUGACUGAGGACAUCUUCAUCCGAGUCCUUUACUAUAUCUACAGUGAUGAUACCGAGUUAUCCCCAGAAAAUGUGUAUGAGGUGCUGUGCGUAGCUGACAUGUACCUUCUGCCAGGCUUGAAGAGGUUGUGUGGAAAGACCCUUGUAACAAUGCUGACUGAGGACAGCGUAGUCAACAUUUGGAAGACCGCAAAGCUCUUCAGGCUUUCCCGACUUGAAGACCAGUGCACGGAGUAUAUGGCUAAAAUCAUAGAAAAGCUUGUGGAAUCGGAAGAGUUUGCUGAAGUGGUAAAAGAGGAUGCUGCAGCCGUCGAGGCCCGACAGGAGACUGACUCCAUUCCCCUGGUUGAUGAUAUACGUUUCCAUGUCACCAGCAAUGUGCAGACUUAUAGUGCCAUCGAGGAAGCUAACCAGAAACUGCAAGCUUUGGAAGAACUUUUAGCUAGAUUGGAACUCGAGUGUUAAGAGAAUAAUCACUUUUCCAUUGUGACUAGUUACAUAGAUCAUGUUGGAGGGCAGCACUGAGAAGAAUGAGCUUUGCCCAGGCAGUAUGGUUACUUUCUUGUGGACUUGACUGCAUCUUAAUGCGAUAAGAAAGAAGGACAUUUAGUCAAGAGACAGUGUCCCAUUUUGUUUGCCUGCACUGAAUGGAGGUUUAAAGCAAUAAGGUGGAGCUCAUGUAAGUGCUCUCCAUCCCUCUGACAUAGUGCUUAUUCCUUAGCAGUUCUUAUUCUUCCCAUCCCUGAUGCAUGGAUCAUUCAGACUAAUUCUGGCUACUUAGCAGGUACCUUAACUGGCCACAGACUUAUCAGAAAGCACAAAGAAACCCUGUUAAAAUGUCACCAAAUUUUGGAAUCUAAAUUCCUGAUAGUAUGAAACAAGAAUCUUAACUAUUGUUUGAAUUGAGAAAGCUGCAUACUCACAGCAUAUCUGUUGAAGAAUUAGGCGGAAUAUCUUGUGACUGUCACCGGAAAUGUUUGUUAUUUUGGGUUUCCUUCAGUCAAUUUCUAACCUGCUGAAUGUAUGCAAAAAUGUUCUGAUUUUUUUUUUCCAAACUCUGUUUCCAGCUCUCUGCUAUUUUUUAAAAGCUUCCAAGGAGAUGUGUGUUUCAGGAUAAGUACCAAACUGGCCCAAUGCAUUGACCAACCAAGGCAGGAGGGUCACAGGACUAUUGGUCAGUGGGCAGACUCUUGAAGAGCUGUGUCUUAAUACUGGGGCGCUCCACGGCUAAUCUUUUUGUGCUUUCAUGGAUUCUGUGGGACUCUUGUUUUAGAGUCAGAGUUACUAUAGAUUAAAAAUACCUGAAGAAGUAGCAAACUUUAUAAUCUGGAGGUAGGCUUUUGCAACUUAACUAAUAAAAGCUAAAUGGCUGGGUUGGGGAAGGUAUAUUGUCCCAAUAUUUUCUCUUAGAACCAUGUUCCGUCCACUCUGAGUUGAUUUUGUGCUUAGACUGAUUACCAAUGAUUUUGUCAUGCUCUGUGCCCCCGAUUUUCUGCUGACGUCUGCAUAGGGCCAAGAGUAAGCAAUUUGAGCCUAUUCUGCCAGUUUGUAGUCAGUGCAGCUCCAUCCUUUUACUUCCUCCUGUUCCUUGUAAUACUCUUGCUUUCUCAGUAAGUUUCAGCCUCCCUUUUUGAAUGUAAGAAAAAUACUGUAGGUGCUGAAAAUCUGAAACAAUCACAGAGAAACUCAGCCUGUCUGGCAGCAUCUGUGAAGAGAGAAACAAAAGUCAUUCUGAACGCAAAAUGUUAAAUCAGCUUCUCUCACCGCGGAUGCUGUCAGACCUGCUGAGUUUCUUCAGCAUCCUGUGUUUGUUUCUGUAAAAAUGCAUCUGGACUUUCCAUUGUUUCGGCUGUGGAUCCCACUUAUUCACCACACCUUUGUGUGGGAGCCUUUUCUGGACCAGUUCCAGUAAAAUCAUAGCUGGGACAUCAGAAUGGAAAGUAACUUCAGGUGGCUCCCUUUCUGUCCAGUCCCCGGCCAACCUGAUGAGGCUGACUCAAAGGCACCAGUGGCCUUCCUGCCUUGCUUCCCUUCGUAUACAAAUCUGUUUUUGUCGUCUCUAUCCCGAUUUAAAACCUCCAACUCGGUGGUUAAACCUCUGAUUGUGCUGCAGGACCAAGAAAAGCUACAAUUGAUUCCCUCCCUGGGGAAGCCAGCAAGAGAGUAAGCUGCAGAGCAUGUAGUUUUGGUCUGUUUAGAUACCAUUCUGAGCGGGCUUUCAAAAUAUGAGACUGUGUCUUUUUCUUUUAAAAAGAAAAUUGGUGUUUAGAGACGUAUUGCAGUGCAGUUUAAUUUUAGUCUAUCUUUCACAAAAUGUGAAUUCAUACUUCAAGCCAGAAAUUAAUUGCUGUAAGAUUGUUGUUUGUUAUCACAGAACAGCUAGAGAAUAGCACUAUUUUAGCUAAUUUAAUGUCUCUAUGCAUAUAUAAUAUAUAUUUUAUAUAUACAUUAUGUGCAUAUAAAACUAUUUUGGCCCAUCUGGCAGCAGAUGCAUUCGGAGUUCCUGAAGAUAUCAGAAUGACUCCUUUAGUGUAUCGAUAACAGAUUACAUAUCAAAGCAUUUGUUGCACUUUUAUUUAAUUAUUCAGUACUUCCUUCAGGUUCACUUCAGUGCAGAUUUGUUACAUAUGUGGUAUAAUUCAAGCAAUGAAAUUCAAGGGUAAGCCAGGAUAGCUUCACAUUUAAAAUGUAGUGUGAUCUGCUUUCCAUGCAAAUGAAUGUUAUA